CUUAUUGGAAUGUUGACAGUGUGGCCGUAUGGUAAUUGCUAUUAUAUACCAGCUUUUAGGAAUGCUCGACAAUCACGUGGAUGUCACUUUUGUCUUGACAGCUGUUUUCUGAACCCCGAAAAUUAAGCGCAUCGAAUAGGACCCAUUUCUUUUUAGAAGCCCGUGCAUUCAUUGCAGAAGCAUUCUCAAAUGGGGGAUAAACCAAAACGCUGCGUCCACUGGAAUCUUCCAAGGGAUUCUUCAUCAAGCAGUUCUUCAUCAAGCUCAUCCUCAUCGAGCAAUGAUUCAGUCUCUAGCUCGGAUUCAUCGAGCACCACCGAUCCCGAACCGUCGUUCCGUCCAAGACGUUGUAUAGUCUCCUAUACAACGGUUUCAAGCUCAAGCCCGAGCAGUCUGGACUCCAACGAACCCUCAACAUCAACGGGAAGACGUGGAGGUUGUGGACGAAUUCCGAUAAGCAAGAAUUCUAGAGUCGGUCCGCCGAUCAAACGGGUCAAAUACGUGGCCGUAGAGGACGCGAGCUCCACCACCACCGAGCCCUACCACUGUCCCGUUUGCCUGGAAGAUGUGCGUCGAAACGCACCGGUGUCCACCACAUGUGGCCACAUUUUCUGCAAGCGCUGCUUUUUACGUGUCCUUAGUGCUACGUCAAAGUGCCCAAUGUGCGGUAUUUACUCACCUGAAUAUCAUCGAGUUUACAUGUAAGCCUAGGGCAAGGCAGAAGAGCUUCUUAAGUUCCUUAACAGAA